AUGAGUGAUUCAACGCCACAACCUACACCUAUGCUUGCUAAUCUGAAGUUGACAGAAAAUGAGACAACAUCAGUACCAGAUCCAUCCUUUUACAGGUCUAUAGUUGGAGCACUUCAAUAUCUCACCAUUACUCGUCCGGAUGUCUCUUUUGCAGUUAAUAAGGUUUGCCAAUAUAUGCACUGCCCACAAGAACAUCAUUGGAAGGCAGUAAAAAGAAUUCUGAGGUAUCUACAAGGAACCAUCCAUCAUGGUCUUCUCAUUCAAAAGAAUAAGCAACUAAAUCUGGCUGGCUUCUGUGACUCAGAUUGGGGAAAUGAUAAAGAUGAUAGAAAGUCAACCAGUGGCUAUUGUGUGUAUCUAGGCUCCAAUCUUAUUUCCUGGUCAUCAAGAAAGCAAAAAUUUGUCUCUAGAAGUACAACAGAAGCUGAAUAUCGUAGCAUGUGUAUCUAG